AACCAGGUGGCCAUGAACCCGCACAACACCGUGUUUGACGCCAAGCGGCUGAUCGGCCGCAAGUUCAGUGACCCGGUGGUGCAGGAGGACAUGACGCACUGGCCCUUCAAGGUCGUCCAGGGGCCGGGGGACAAGCCCCUCAUUCAAGUCGAGUACAAGUACGAGACCAAGACCUUCGCCCCCGAGGAGAUCAGCAGCAUGGUGCUGGGCGCCAUGAGGGACACGGCGCAGUCCUUCCUGGGUGCGGACCGGCGUGUGAAGCAGGCGGUCAUCACGGUGCCCGCCUACUUCAACGACUCGCAGCGGCAGGCCACCAAGGAUGCGGGCGCAAUUGCGGGACUGGAGGUGUUGCGUAUCAUCAAUGAGCCCACCGCAGCCGCCAUCGCGUACGGCCUGGACAAGAAGGCCAGUGCGGAGGCCCGGCUGGGUGAGCGGCACGUGCUGAUCUUCGACCUGGGGGGCGGAACCUUCGAUGUGUCGCUGCUGGCUAUCGACGAGGGCAUCUUCGAGGUGAAGGCCACCAGCGGUGACACGCACCUGGGGGGAGAGGACUUCGACAACCGCAUGGUGGCGCACUUUGUAGCG